UGGAGGAAAAAAUAAAAAUAAAAGAAAGGGAAAAAGAAAAAGGGGGAAGCCAUUACCGAAGAGGCGCCUCCUCCUCUCUCUCUCUCUCUCUCUCUCUCCCUCUCUUUCUCUCUCCUCCUCGCUAAAAUGGCGGCGGAGAAGACGCUUCCGUGGAGCUCCACCACCUCGCGCUCUCUCCACUGAGUAUAUAAGCGGAGAAGGAGCUCUCUAUUGAGCUAAGGAACGUCGGGAAUGGCGCUGUGCUCUUGGUGCAAGAAAACGGAUGCGGCGGAGCCAGGGAAGAAGAAGAAGAAGGGGUCGGCGGGGACGUGGAGGGUUUACUCGCUCAAGGAGCUUCAAUCGGCGACGAACAGCUUCAAUUACGACAAUAAGUUGGGGGAGGGGGGAUUUGGUAGCGUAUAUUGGGGUCAACUCUGGGAUGGAUCUCAGAUUGCUGUGAAAAGGCUCAAAGUCUGGAGCAACAAAGCCGAGGGGGAAUUCUCCGUGGAGAUCGAGAUUUUGGGCAGAGUGAGGCAUAAGAAUUUGUUGAGCUUGCGCGGAUACUGUUCCGAAGGCCAGGAGCGUCUCAUAGUCUAUGACUACAUGCCAAACUUGAGCUUGCUCUCACAUCUUCAUGGACAACAUGCUGCCGAAUGCCUUCUCGACUGGCCCAGGAGAAUGAGCAUCGCUAUAGGCGCAGCCGAGGGAACAGCCUAUCUUCACCACCAAGCUACCCCACAUAUUAUCCAUAGGGACAUUAAAGCGAGCAAUGUUCUCUUGGACUCGGAGUUCGAGGCAAGGGUUGCCGAUUUUGGGUUUGCGAAGCUCAUACCAGAUGGCGCUACUCACGUUACUACAAAAGUGAAAGGCACUCUUGGUUAUCUCGCGCCUGAAUAUGCCAUGUUUGGAAAGGCCUCCGAGAGCUGCGACGUCUACAGUUUUGGGAUUCUGCUUCUUGAGAUAGCCAGUGGAAAGAAGCCAUUAGAGAAAUUAAGUUCUGCAAUAAAGCGAACAAUUACAGAGUGGGCGCUUCCAUUGGCUCGAGCAGGGAAAUUUAAGGAAAUUGCCGAUCCAAAGCUUAAUGGUAAUUUUGCAGAGGAUGAAUUGAAGAGGUUGAUACUUGUUGGGCUUGUCUGCGCACAGAAUCGACCAGAGAAGAGACUGACAAUGCUCGAGGUUGCGGAAUUGCUUAAAGGAGAAGCUACGGAAAAGCUAUUGAAUUUGGAGAAGGAUGAAUUGUUCAGACCGGAGGACAUUUCCAAUUACAUUUGCGAGGAGAAGAGUGCUAAAAAAGAGGUGACGGAAAUAGAAGAGGCAGAUACUGUAACUGAAACAGCCGCAAACGCUGCUUUAGUCGAUAUACAAGAAAAUACAGCUACGUAAUAUUCCUGCUUGAAUAGGGAAUGCUUGAUUUGGUUUCUUUUUCUAUUUAAACAAAGUUUGCUGCUGGGUUUCUUUGUUUUGUGCGCGCACGGUUUGUUUGUAACUUCGGCUUUAGUGUGUUGUCAUUUCCUUCUUAAAUCAACUCAAAGAUGUGUGAAAAAUGGCUUGUGGAAUGCAUGAAGUUGUUCAUAUGUAAUCUGCAUUAUGUAACCUGCAUCAUACAACAGAGAUUUUUCUA